AUGGGUCUUUUGACUUUGGUAGAAGAUCGACCUACGCCAGCAUGUGUCUACAAUGCCCGCGUAUACUUCUGCGCGACUGUAGCCGCGUUUUGUGCAGUGAUGAUUGGAUAUGACUCCGCAUUCAUCGGCGGAACAAUCGCUCUUUCAUCUUUCAAGAGCGAAUUCAAUUGGUCACAAUAUUCAGCCGAUGAAGCUCUCCUUAUCUCCGAAAACAUCGUCUCACUCUAUCAAGCUGGUGCUUUCUUCGGAGCUCUCUUCGCUUAUGCAGCUGGUCACUAUUUGGGUCGUAAAAUGGGUCUUCAAGUGUUCUCCGGUAUCUUCGUUGUUGGCGCUGGAAUGAUGUUGGGCGCCAAUGGCGAUAGAGGUCUUGGAUUAAUUUACGGUGGUAGAGUUUUGGCUGGUAUUGGUGUUGGUGGUGCCUCCAAUUUGACCCCUAUCUAUAUUUCUGAGCUUUCUCCUCCUGCUAUUAGAGGACGCUUGGUCGGGCUGUAUGAGAUGGGAUGGCAAGUUGGUGGUGUUGUUGGCUUCUGGAUCAACUAUGGAGUCUCAACUACUAUGCCCGCAAAUCACAGACAGUGGAUUAUUCCAUUCGCCGUUCAAUUGAUCCCUGCCGGUCUCAUGUUCGGCGGACUAUUCAUGAUCAAAGAAUCCCCAAGAUGGCUCAUGAGCCGUGGUGAUCGAGCAACCGCCCUCAAGAACCUCUGCUGGAUCAGAAAACUUCCUUCAGAUGAUAUUUACAUGCUCGAGGAAGUAUCCAGUAUUGACGCUGCUCUCGAACAACAACAGGCGACUGUUGGACUCGGCUUCUGGCAACCUUUCAGAGCUCUUGGUAACGACCGCAAAGUCAUGUAUCGUUUUGCUCUCGGCUGCUCUCUCUUCUUCUGGCAAAACACAUCUGGUAUCAACGCCAUCAACUACUACUCUCCUACUGUCUUCAAGGAGAUCGGUGUCGUCGGUACAAAUGCCUCGCUUCUCACCACAGGUAUUUUUGGUGUCAUCAAGGCAGCUGUUACACUCGUUUGGCUUUUCUUCCUCAUCGACAACUUUGGCCGUAGAAAUCUCCUCAUGUAUGGUGCCUUUGCAGGAGCCAUCUGUUUGUACUACGUCGGCGCCUAUAUCGCCGUUGCAAAUCCCUCUGCCAACCCCUCUACCACUCUUUCCGCAGGUGGCAAAUCCGCCAUGGCAUUCUUUUACCUCUGGACCGCUUCCUACACUCCCUCGUGGAACGCAUUCGCAGCCGCUAGCAAUUGGUUCUUCAACUUCCUGGUUGCUCGUUUCACAGCGCAAAUGUUCAAAGCUAUGGGAUGGGGUGUUUUCAUCUUCUUUGCUUCUUUAAUGAUGUGCAGUAUUGUAUUCGUCUUCUUCUUGGUCCCUGAAACUAAGGGUAUCCCAUUGGAGAGUAUGGAUAGACUUUUCAGCUCCGAAUUGAAGGCCAAAGAUGCCCAUGGUAUUGUAUUGAGAGAAUUGAAGGAAGACGAAGAGGCGUUCAGAAGAAACGUAGAAGGAAGUGGAAUUGGCUUGGACAAGGAAGGAAACGAGAAGAGUGCUCAUGUCGAAGUGGUCUAA